GAAUCUGUCUCUCCAAUUUGCAUAUCUCAUCUCAUCUUCUUCGCAUUAAAUUCUUAUGCGGUACCAGCAAAGCACCUUAGAACAAUGCCAUUCCAUCUUCCUCGUCACAGCACCCGACAUGGUUUAUAUAAUGCAUCCUACACACAAAUGAAAAUCAGUUCCAGUUAAAUCCUUUUCCAUUUUCUUUCUUGGAAAUAACGCAUUAUCCACGCAAGGAGAGGCAACCAUUUUGGCUCAGCCAUGAGCUGCUGCGACUGUGCAUCCAAUCACUGCAAUACAGAGACCCCAAAACCCAAGAUUUUGGCCGUCAUUCUUGAUUUGGAUGGGACCCUUUUGGACACAGAGCGGGCUACAAAGAGCGUCUUCAAGGAGUUUUUGGCCAAGUAUGGCAAGACAUUGAAUAAGGAAAAGGAAGAGAAGAGGGAGAUUGGGAAGACACUCAAAGACUCGUCUACCGCUAUUGUUGAGGACUAUGAUCUUCCAUUGACUCCUGACCAGUUUAUUGAAGAAAUCAUCCCCAUGUAUCAACAAAAGUGGAAGCACGUAAAAGCUCUUCCUGGUGCUACCCGUCUUAUCAAACAUCUCCAUGACCAUGGAGUACCUACUGCUCUUGCUUCAAAUUCCUUGCGCGAAUAUAUAAAUGCAAAGAUCUCUGUCCAUCAAGGUUGGCAGGGAUGGUUUUCAGUAAUCGUUGGCAGUGACCAGGUUAAAGCGGGCAAGCCCUCUCCAGAUUUAUUUGAAGAGGCAGCAAGGCAGAUGGAUGUAGAUGCAGCUCACUGCCUUGUGAUCGAAGACUCGAUGGUUGGCGUUAAAGCUGCCAAUGCUGCCGGAAUGGAGGUAGUGGCUGUUCCACCCCAUGGUGAAGCUGCUGGUUGUUCUGCCCUUGCAAACACUGUGCUCCAUUCACUUUUGGAGUUUCGACCUGAGCAUUGGGGUCUUCCUCCUUUUGAAGAUUGGGUAGAUAAUGCAUUGCCAAUUGACGCAAUUAAUUUGAGUGGUCUUUAUGUUAACGGGUUUGUCAUUGAAGACACAGAGGAUGGGAAAUCUGCUCUGCCUGACCAAGUUUGGGGAGUUUUCUUUGGGUGGGCCGUGGUGGAUAUGCAGAAGAGCUACAGGGUAGUGGUUGGCAUUGGAAUGGAUCACAAUUCCUGCUGUCCUAAGAAAAAGACUCAAAUACAUCUAGUCAAUGGAGGCAAUUGCUGUAUAUCCAACCAGCAAGUGAAACUGCUGCUUGUUGGAUACAUCUGCGGACUGAAUAGCAAGGAAGUUUCAUCUCUGGAUGCAGAAUCACUCGAGGAAUGCAAGUCUAUUGCAAGUGCUGCAUUGGAUCUACCAAUAUUUAGUCAGCAUGCUUAUGUGCCUCUGUACCCAGAUACUUUUUCUCUCGAAGACAUGGUUGACACUGAUGAGCUAGGACACUACUGAUAUGCAGACCUUUUCUUUUACUUAA